AUGGAGAAGGUCCACGGGAUGUUUGCGGAUGACUUCGGGGGCUUCCGGAGGCCUCACAGCCGUGGCGGAAACGUGGGAAACAUUAAGACUCUGGGGGACACCUACCAUUUUUCGGUGGAUGUCAGCGACUUCUCUCCAGAGGACAUCGUCAUCACCACCUCGAGGAACCAGAUCGAAGUCCAUGCAGAAAAGCUGGCGCCUGACGGCACUCUGGUGAACACCUUCACGCACAAGUGCCAGCUCCCGGAAGACGUGGAGCCCACCUCGGUCACCUCUGUGCUGGGCGUGGAUGGCUCCCUCACCAUCAAGGCCCGCAGGGGGCCCCCCAAGCAGCAGCCCGAGCCCGGCCAGCAGACCUUCCGGACGGAGAUCAAAAUCUGA